AUGGAGCCACCUGAGGUGCUGGAGGCGGAGGUCUCCGAGGAGCUCGGCUACUUUUUCAAGCGCCUGGGCGAGCUGUGCUUCAGCCCCGCCAGCGCCCAGGCCUUCCCCGGCCCCGCCAGCAGCCUGGCGGUGGCCGCCCGCUGCGGCGCCGUCUUCUUCAGCGACGCACAAGGGGUGUACGCGUGCCGGACCAGCGCGCUGCUGCCAUGGCUGCAGAAAUGGAACAACAGCGACGAGGAGAUGGCGGCCACCAGCCCAGCCGAGGUGGCCGCUGCAGUGCUGCCGCUGCCCGGAGCCGCGCUGCUGGCGCUGUCUGCCGACGACGCGCUGCUUGCGGCCUGCAGCGGCGCCUCGGUGCGAGUCUACAGCACGCGGGAGCUGAUGGCGGGCAGCGCCACUGCGCUGGCGGAGGUGUCGCUGCCCCAGGCGGCCGUGCAGGUGGCGUGGCGCCCCGGUGCAGCCGCCGAGCUCGCAGCCCUGCUGGCAGACGGCAGCAUCCAGCUGCUCAGCCUGGCCAGCGGCGCAGCGCCGGCUGCGCUGGCCGCGGCUGCCGGCCUGCCGGCGGCGUGCCUGGCGUGGAGCCCCGACGGCGCCAGGCUGGCCGUUGGAGCAGGUGACGAGGUGGGCAUCUACGCUGCCGCGCCAGGCGGCGUGGUGGGCGGCUGGCAGCAGGCAGCUGCAGUGCGGGUGCUGUCAACUGAGGUGCAGGACGACGAUCAAGAGCUGCAGGUGGACAGCGUUGCCUGGGUGGGCGAGGCGGCGCUGCUGGUCAGCAGCAAGCUGGCGACGGGGGGCGCCGAGGAGCCGUACGCGCCGCUGUGCAUGCUGACGUGGCAGGGCGCGGCGCCCACGGAGGGCAGCCUGGCGCUGUCGGAGUUUUUCGCCAACAACAUUUCGGGGGAUGACGUCGCCCGCGGGCCCUGGCUGCAGACGGCCACCGUGCCGCAGUGGUCGGCUGCGGUCUACGCCCACCGCAAGGCCAACGAUGACCAUGUGAAGCUGGCAGCGCUGGUGGGCGGCCGCCCGGUGGCGGCAGAUGUCACCGACGACCGACUGGCCAUCCGCAUACCAAACGCGCCAGGCAAGCACAGGCUGCUGCCGGCGCGCGCAACGCUGCGGCGAGCCAGGCAGGAUGCCGACAACUUUGUGGUGGGGUUGGGUGUGGACCUUACCUGCACGGAGGUGCCAGUGCUGCAUCCCACAGACGACACCGCCCCAGACCUGCCGCCCCAGCCCGUGCUGCUGGUUGCCACAUCUGAUGGCGUGCUGCGGUGCUACACCUUUGGUCGCAUGGCCACACCCUCCUCCCCGGCCGGCCCCUGCAUCGUGGCGCCACCUCAGCAGCUCCCCGCGCCGCCCGCGCUGGCAGCCGGCGCGGCGCCUGCCACGCCCGUCGCUGCUGCGCCGCCUGCCCUUGCCAGCGCCGAGGAGCGAGCGGCGGAGGCCGCGCUUCCUGAUGAGGAGUCUGAUUUGGAGGAGGAGGAGGAGGAGGAGGGAGGGGCUGCGGCGGCUGAGGCAAAGGCAGCCGCCACCGCGCUGCCAGAGAGCGACUUUGAGGAGGAGGAGGAGGAGGAGGAGGCGGGCACGCCCAAAAGCGCUGCGCCGGCUGCUGCCGCCGCCGCCCCCAAGAAGGGCCUCGCCGCGCCGGCUGCGCCUGCCGCGGACAAGGGCGCGGCGGCGGCGGCCAAGCCUCUCUUUGCCUUUGCCUCUGGGCCGGCCUCUGGCGUUUCUCUGUUUGGCGCGGCAGCAGCCGGCUCCACUCCGGCCUUUGGCCUUGGCACCCAGCCAGCCUCGGCACCCGCCUUUGGCUUUGGCACACCUGCCAGCGGCGCCGCCGCCGCGCCCGCACUCGGGGGCUUCGGCUUUGGCGCCGCCGCCGCCAGCAGCACAGCCACCAGCAGCUCGGCAGCAGCACCCGCUGCCUCGACGCCCGCCUUUGGCUUUGGAGUUCCUACCAGCAGUGCAGCUGGUACCGCGGCAGCUGCCUCGGCACCGGCCUUUGCCUUUGGCACCGCACCCAGCAGCGGCAGCACCCUCUUUGCGGGCGCAACCGCGGCUGCUGCGCCGUUUGGCGCCGCCCCAGCUGCCAGCAGCGCAGCGGCACCUGCCCCGGCUGCCAGCACAGCAGCGGCGCCUGCCCUGGCACCAGCGGCUGCCAAGCCCAAGGCCAAAGCCUCGCAGCCGCCCAUGCCCAGCCUGGCCCAAGCAGCAGAGUCUCAGAAGCUGCUGGCAAAGGUGCAGCCAGCGGCGGGCAGCGGGCAGCCGCCACCCCCACCAGCGCCAGCGCCCCCCAAGGCUGCCGCACCAGCCCCGCCGCCAAAGACAGCAGUGGAGGCGCCCCUCCCACAGCUGGCAGGCGAGGCCCAGGAGGCCGCCGCUAUGGAGGCCGACUUUCUUCGCUCCCUGCACCAGACGCGGCAGCUGGAGGCAGAGAUGCACGACACCCUGGCUGCGGCGCUCAAGGGCUCUGGGGUUGCCGGUUCUGACCAGCGGCGGCGGGUGGCGGCUGGCCUGCAGGGCUUGGAUGGCACCAGCGGCGCUGCGGCCUUCUGCCAGCUGCAGCAGCGCACGCGCAAGGUGCAGGCGGCAGCGGCGGCGGCCGCCGCGCGGCUGGAGCAGCAACGGCAGCAGGUCGCGGAGAUGGUGGCGGCGGCCAAGGACGCGCUGCGCAAGUGCGACGCGAUGCCGGCGUUUGAGCCCGGCGCGGCGGCGCGCGGCGGCGCGCAGCAGCUGCUGCAGAGGCAGCCGCUGGAGCCGGCUCUGGGCGCCCUGAGGGACGACAUCCGCCGCCAGCUGCAGCAGCUGCGCCUGACGGCCGACGACCUGCAAGAGUGCCUGAUGGCCAUGGAGGAGCGGCAGCGGCAGCUGCGCUCCGACGCCGCGCCGCCGCGGCUCACCACGCAGCACAUCUACAACACCGUCAACGCCCAGAUGGCCAUCAUCCAAUCCCAGGCGGUGCGGCUGCAGGAGCUGACGUCUCGGCUGGAGGCGAGGGGGCUGCUGGAGGAUGUGGAUCUGGACCUGGACCUUGAUGAGCUGGCAGAGGAGGAGGAGGCCGGCGGGCUGCCGCUGGGCCGCAAGCUCACCCGCCUGGUGCUGACCCCCGGCAGCGCCACGCCCGGCGCACGAGGCGCCGGCCCCCAUUCGCCAGUUCCCCACGACAGCACCGGGCGGCGGCGGUCGCCCUGGCGCCUGGUGGCCGAGUCUCCCGCCUCGCAGCAGCGCGGCAGCCAGACGCCUCAGAGCCAGCAGCGGCGGUCGCCGUUGGGCCUCACCUCCCCCUCGGCAACAGCAGGCGGCGGCGGCGGCUCGACGACGGCAGGGCGGUGGCAGCAGCUGCAGCGGCAGCUGUUGCAGCGCUGCCAGGCCGACGGCGGCGGCGUGAGGGUGACGACAGCCAAGAAGCGGGCUGCCGCUCUGGCGCCCGCCGCACCCGCCGCCCCUGCUGCCCAGCCCGCCUCGCCGGCGCCUGCGCCGCCUCCGGAGCUCCCACCCUUCAGCCUGGCAGCAGCGCCCAAGCCAGCAGCCAAGGCGCCGCCGGCAGCAGCCCCGCUCGGCGGCUUUGGCGCGCCGGGCAGCGGCUUUGGCGCCGCCGCCACGGCUUUCGGCGCUCCCUUUGGCAGCAGCCCCACCAGCAGCGCGUCUUCUGGUGCAAGAGGGGCUGCCGCCGGCGGCGGCGAUGCUUUCUUCCUGCCCGCCGCCGCGUUUGAGGGCGCCAGGCCCGGCUAUGUGUUCAAGCUGGAUGGCAGCGGGCUGGGGUACUACCGGGACAGCCAGCUGCACACCGCCGGCAGCCUGUUUGGCAAGCCGGCCGUUAAGCCCAAGGCAGCUUCCUCGCAGCCGCCCAUGCCCAGCCUGGCGCAGGCAGCAGAGUCGCAGAAGCUGCUGAGCAAAGCGGGCAUAGCAGCCAAGCCAGCUCAGGAGACAAAGCCCAAGGCCUCCGCCUCCCAGCCGCCCAUGCCCAGCCUCGCCCAAGCGGCAGAGUCACAGAAGCUGCUGGCAAAGGUGCAGCCAGCGGCGGGCAGCGGGCAGCCGCCCAUGCCCUCGGCAGCAGCAGCCCAGGCAGCACAGGAGCGCCUCAACGCCUUCCUGAGCAGCAGCUCCGCAGCAGGAGCGGCCGGCAGCAGUGCGGCUGCCGCCCCGGCAGCCGCCGCCUCGGCGCCUUCGUUUGGCUUUGGAGCCAGCAGCGCAGCAGGGGGCCUGUUUGGUGCAGCGGCAGCGCCAGCAGCGCCGGCCGCCACCCCGCCUGCGGCUGCAUCCUCGGCGGCUGGCGGCGAGGCGGCUGCUUCGGUCAGCUUUGCGUCUUUCGGGUUGGGAGGCGCCGGCAGCGCGGCAGCCAGCGGGGAGGCGGCCUCUCGGUUCGGGACAGGCAUCGCCUUUGGUGCCGCCAGCUCAGCAGCCGCCACGCCGUCGUUUGGGUUUGGGGUGCCGUCGACGGCCGCCGCCGGCGCACCUGCAAGCCCCUUUGGCGCAGCCAGCACCGCAGCAGCUCCUGCGUCUGUGUUCGGCGCAGCAGCCAGCGGCACGACGGCCCCCGCAUCUCUGUUUGGGGCUGCCGCCAGCAGCGCCGCUGCGGCUUCGCCCUUUGGCGUCGGCGCCGCAGGCGCCAGCAGCAACCCCUUUGCUUCCUUCGGUGCUGCGCCGGCGGCCGCGAGCAGCGCGGCAGCCGCCAGCUCGCCCUUCGGCGGCAGCGGGGCGUUUGGGGGCGGAGCUCAGAGCGCCGCCGCUGCCAGCAUGUUUGGCGCCUUUGGCGCCGCCGCCAGCAGCCCAGCCACCGGCAGCCCCUUUGGGCAGCCGGCCACUCCCGCCGCGCCCUUUGGCACCCCCGCCAAGCCCGCGGGCAGCGUGUUUGGCGCGCCGGCCACGCCUGGAUUCGGCCAGGCCCCCAGCGGGUUUGGCGCAGCCGCCUCCCAGCCCGCGUUUGGGGCGCCCGCGGCGGGCGGCUUUGGCCAGCCCGCGGGCUUUGGCGCCGCCGCCAGCCAGUCCGCCUUUGGACAGCCCAGCGCCUUUGGCGCCGCUGCCGCCCAGCCGGCGUCCGUGUUUGGCGCGCCGGCGCAGCCCAGCGGCGGCUUUGGGGCCUUUGGAGGGCAGCCCGCCAGCCAGCCCGCGUUCGGCCAGUCAGCCGGCUUUGCGGCGGCGCAGCAGCAGGGCGGCGGCUUUGGCGCCUUUGGCCAGCAGCCCGCCGCCGGCGGCGGCAGCCCCUUUGGAGGCGGCGGCUUUGGGCAGCAGGCUGCCGGCGGCGGCUUUGGCGGCUUUGGCGGCGCUCCCGCGGCCACGCCGCCCAAACCGUCGGGCGGCGCCAUGUGGCAACCGCGCAAGUGA